AUGACAAUGGACUAUAAACCAACUGCACAAACGGUAGAGCUCACACAACAAACAACACCUUCGAUUAGCGAACAAUUGCCCAAAGAAGACAACGAUUCUUCAUUGAUGCAAAAAGAGACGCAAAGUGUGGAAAACACCAGAAAAAGUAAACAAUAUCCACAAGAUCAACAAGACGAACCACCUCUUCCGGAAAAGAACUGGAAAAGCUACAUUUUGAUUACGUUUCUCUGUUUUCUUGUUGCCUUUGGAGGAUUUGUCUUUGGCUAUGACACGGGAACAAUCUCUGGUUUUGUAAAUAUGACAGACUUUAUCGACAGGUUUGGCCAACUGGAUUCUAUGGAUGGAGUGAAGUACUUGUCGAACAUUCGCACUGGGUUGAUUAUCUCCAUUUUCAAUGUUGGUUGCUGUAUUGGGGGAUUGAUUUUCUCCAAAGUUGGUGAUUUAUAUGGAAGACGAAUCGGUUUGAUGUUCUCGAUGGCAAUUUACGUUGUUGGUAUCAUUGUUCAGAUCACAGCACAACAUCAAUGGUACCAGAUUUGCAUUGGGCGUGCUAUUACUGGAUUGGCAGUAGGUACAGUUUCGGUGAUUUCACCAAUGUUCAUUUCGGAAAGUGCACCAAAAAAAUUGAGAGGUACUUUGGUUUGUUGUUUCCAAUUGUGUAUCACAUUGGGUAUAUUUAUUGGGUACUGUUGCACCUAUGGGACUAAGCAGUUGAAUAAUUCAGCACAAUGGAGAAUCCCCUUGGGCUUGUGUUUUCUUUGGGCCAUCUUUUUAAUUGUUGGUAUGCUCUUUAUGCCCGAAUCGCCUAGGUAUUUGAUAGAAAAGCACAGAUUGGAUGACGCUAAAAAAUCAAUUGCGAAAUCAAACAAGUUAACUGUUGAUGACAAGUUUGUUCUUUCAGAAUUUCAACUUAUUCAAGCUGGUAUUGACAAAGAACGUUUGGCUGGAACCGCUUCGUGGAUAGAUUUGAUUACUGGAAGACCUGCAAUUCUCAAAAGAGUUCUCACCGGUAUCGCAUUGGCUUCUUUGCAACAAUUGACAGGAAACAAUUAUUUCUUCUACUUUGCAACCACCAUAUUUAAAGCAGUCGGAUUGCAAGAUUCAUUUCAAACUUCAAUGAUAUUGGGUGCAGUGAAUUUUAUAUCGACAUUUGUUAAUAUUUGGGCAAUCGAGAGAUUCGGAAGAAGACUUUGCCUUUUGGUUGGGUCUGCCGGAAUGUUUGUUUGUUUUAUCAUCUACUCAAUCCUUGGUUCAAUCAACUUGUAUCAAGAUGAUACGUUUAGCGCUUCGGCAACUCACUUGCCUACUGGAAAAGCAAUGAUUUUUGUUACUUGCUUAUACAUUUUUUUCUUUGCCUCAACUUGGGCAGGUGGUGUUUUCGCAGUCUUGUCAGAAAUGUACCCACUAAGAGUUAGAUCAAAAGCAAUCAGUGUCGCUCUUGGUUGCAAUUGGAUGUGGGGCUUUCUCAUUUCCUUCACAUCUUCAUUCAUCAUCAACUCCAUCCAUUUCUACUACGGAUUUGUCUUUACAGGCUGUAUUGCUGUCUCGUUUGUAUUUGUCUACUUUUGCAUCAUGGAGUCUAAAGGAUUGACAUUGGAGGAGGUUGAUGAAAUGUAUGCAGAAGGCGUAGUGCCUUGGAGAUCAGGCUCAUGGACUCCACCACUGUCGAAAGACCAGGUCUUGAGGCCUAAUUAUGCAGAAUUUUCAAAACCAACUAGCGAAGAAUACGCCUAA